AUGCAUCCCAGCGCCCGCAAGCCCAAAAAAGGCCCCGCUCAGCCAGCCAACACCUCCGAGUCCCUCCUAUCCAGCGACCACGCCACCGACAACACCCCCUCCUCGGACACCACAAUCACUGACCUCGGCGACGACUUUGACACUGACUUCGUCCACGUCACCACCGAAGACUACACCGAAGGCCUCAAAGACGAAGAUAGCAGCAGAGGCACCUCCACCACUACUUCAUCUACAGGGUGCGCCAUCACAUUCAGCAGCGCCUUCGGAGCCUCUUCCAGCAGCAGCUCAGAGUUCGAGCACAUCGAGAGUAUCUGGGGGUGGGAUGCAACCAGGGGCAGCUGCGCUGCGGGGGCGCCGUCGACACCGCCGAAGGCGAAAGCGGAGAAAAUCGACGGGGAAGAAGGGGGGAACGAUACGCCGCCCCUCCUCGGUGAUGCUCUGGCUCUAGUAGCUGAAGCUGAGGCCAGCGCAGCUGCUGAUUUAAAUCGGUCUGUUCCCCGCCCGCGUCAAGCGAGAGCUGCCCGUAAGAAGCUACCGACGCUGGAUACACCCAUCGUCUACCCGCUUGGAGAGAUGAAGCAUUCGUUCCGGAAUGUGUAUCGCAAGUUGCGACAGAAUGAGCGGAGGAUGAAAAAGGUGCAGCGGAAGCUGCAUAUUUAUAAGGCUGAGAUAGAAUACUUGAAGGGUAAGAGGAGGCGGAUUUGGAAUAUGCUAUAA